GACUUACCCGCCGCCAUUUUGUGUCAGGCCUGCUGCUCCAAAGCGGGAGAAAACUAUCAGCUCGCUGCAGCUCACACGCCCUCUGCUGCGGCGCCGAGACACGCACCCGCGGGGACCAAACUUCUUCGUGACUGUAAGGGGAAAACGAAGCGACCAGGAAGCGGUUAGCCCAUUGCCAUGGAGGGCGAGGUUAUUUCCAUGGAGUCUGCUCAAGCGGCUGCUUUGGCCUCUGAAGGAAAGGUCCUGCCAGAGGGCGGAGAGGCCCUAAUACAAGCGACGCAGGGUGAAGUAACUGGCAACAUGGAGAUGAUGGUGAUGGAUGCUCUGGAUCCAACUCUGUUGCAAAUGAAGACAGAAGUUUUGGAAGGAGGUGGCACAGUAACUGUUACUGGAGGCGAUGAAGGCCAGAUUAUCACACUUCAGGUGGUGAACAUGGAGGAGCAGGCAGGCGCUGCGCUAGGUCUUGGCCAAUUGCAGCUGGUGCAAGUACCAGUCACCACAGCAACGGUGGAGGGACUCCAGGCCACUUUUGUUGAGGCAUCGGGUAACAAGGAUGCAGAGCCAGUUAUCUGUCACACCCUUCCCUUGCCAGAAGGCUUCCAGGUUGUAAAAGUUGGUGCAAAUGGUGAGGUGGAAACCGUGGAGCAGGAGGAGCUCCAGGCUGCCCAUGAUGAGUUACACGGGGCAAGGGAGGAGGGGGCAGAUGAAGAGGCAGGAGAAGUAGAAUCCUCUAUGCCUCAGCAAGAAGACCCAGAAUGGACCAAGGACCCAGACUAUCAGCCAAUAACCGGUAUCCGUAAAGGGAAGAAAGGAAAGAAGAGCCGCCUGCGUUAUGGAGACGGCGACCGUGACAUGGAUGUUUCUGUGUAUGAUUUCGAGGAGGAGCAGCAAGAAGGGCUGCUGUCAGAAGUGAAUGCAGAGAAGGUUGUGGGCAAUAUGAAGCCUCCAAAGCCUACAAAGAUCAAGAAAAAAGGUGUCAAGAAGACUUUCCAGUGUGAACUCUGUAGCUACACCUGUCCGAGGCGCUCUAACCUGGACAGACACAUGAAGAGUCACACAGAUGAGAGGCCACACAAAUGCCACUUGUGUGGAAGAGCCUUCAGAACAGUCACUCUCUUGAGGAACCACCUCAACACACACACAGGCACUCGGCCGCAUAAAUGCACAGAUUGUGACAUGGCAUUUGUGACCAGUGGCGAGUUGGUGCGUCAUCGUCGUUACAAACACACACAUGAGAAGCCUUUCAAGUGCUCUAUGUGCGACUAUUCGAGUGUGGAGGUGAGCAAGUUGAAAAGGCACAUCCGUUCUCAUACAGGGGAGCGGCCCUUCCAGUGCAGUCUGUGCAGCUACGCCAGCAGAGACACAUACAAACUGAAGAGACACAUGAGGACACAUUCAGGUGAGAAGCCGUAUGAGUGCUACAUAUGCCAUGCUCGGUUCACUCAGAGUGGUACCAUGAAGAUGCACAUCCUGCAAAAACACACAGAGAAUGUGGCCAAGUUCCACUGCCCACACUGUGAUACUGUCAUUGCGCGGAAGAGUGACCUUGGUGUUCACUUGCGGAAACAGCACUCAUUUAUUGAGACGGGGAAGAAAUGUCGUUACUGUGACGCUGUCUUUCAUGAGCGUUAUGCUCUCAUCCAACAUCAGAAGACUCACAAAAAUGAGAAGCGUUUCAAGUGUGACCAGUGUGACUAUUGCUGCAGACAGGAACGCCACAUGAUAAUGCACAAACGCACGCACACUGGGGAGAAGCCCUUUGCCUGCAGCCAGUGUGAGAAAACCUUUCGCCAAAAGCAGCUUCUGGACAUGCAUUUCAAGCGUUAUCACGAUCCCAACUUCGUACCCACUGCCUUUGUCUGCAGCAAGUGUAGCAAGACAUUCACACGCAGGAACACCAUGCUGCGUCAUACUGAGAACUGCAAUGGGGAAAUUAUUGGAGAGGAAAAUGGAACUCCCAGUCCCGCAAAGAAAAGCCGCCGUGGCAGGAAGAGGAAGAUGCAGGCCAAGAGGGAAGAUGAUGAUGACGACGACGAUGAUGAUGAAGAGGAUGAUGACGACGAUAACACAGAGGGUGAAUUGGAUGACAUAGAGGAGGAAGAGGAACUCCUCCAUCAAAUUGAGAUGGAACAGGCCGCGUCUGUUGUCCCCAUCCCAGCCCCGGUGGAGCCCCCAGUUAAGAGGAAACGUGGCCGGCCUCCAAAGAAUAAGCCUGAUGCGGCCGCCAUCAUCCGUGUGGAGGACGAGGCCACUGGAGAAGUAGAUGACAUCAUUGUGAAGAAAGAGGUCGGCGCAGACCAGGACGACGGCGCUGCAGAGGAGGUCGUGGUUGGCGGCGUGAAAUCAACCAUUCAGAUGGAGGAGUUGUCCCAGGAAGAGGAGACGACACCGGGAGUUCAGGGGGCGAUGUCCGAGGCUCCUCCUAACGGAGACCUGACCCCUGAGAUGAUCCUCAGCAUGAUGGACCGAUGAUGGGCCCGAGAGUUGAAGCUGUAAAAACACCCAGACCCUUGAUUUUAAAUCAUUUAUUUUAAUUCUUGGCAUUUAGGAUAACAAACACUUGCAUCCAGCGCGUAAACAGACAUCACUGUUGUAAUUUAAGAUUUACUUUUUAGACAUGUAAUCAUAAAGACUUGGAUAAGUGGGGGAAAAAAAUUUUUAUUAAGAAAUUUACCAAAUGGAGAAAAAAAAUGCAUUUCAGUACAUUUGAAUGUGGGGUGGCUGUAAUUUAUAGCAGUAUUUUCUUUUUCUUUUUUUUUUUCCUGUUUCCUGCCUGUCCCUUUAGCUAAAAGCUGACUAAUCGGUUAGGAAAUCAUCAUUCUUGUUCAUCUUUAUAAACAAAUAUAUCCUGGCCACAUUUCUGCAAAUUUGUCUAUACGAGCAUGGUGACCUUGUUGAUCUUUUCUUGUAACAUUUUUCUUCCCACUUUUUACUUGUUUAUAUACCUGUAAUCACAAGGAUAAUGUUAGACUACAUUUUGAUAAUGGCACCCGUUGUUUGGACAGAUGCUAACGGAAGAGGUUUCUGCAAUUUAGUGGACAGGAAGCUGUUCACUACUAAGUGUCUAAGUCGACAAGUAAAUUUGAAACUCAAGUCACAACAGAAACGUGUAUAAACAAGCAUUUUUCUGGAAGAUAUUGCCAUUAAUUACAGCAGCUUCAGAAUAUCGAUUAUUUUUGUUUUCUUGUUUUGUGGUUAGAAAAUCCUUUUUUUCUCCUUUUUUUUUAAAAGCAUUUUCUAGUUUUUAAAAGCUUAAUAGACUGCUUAUCUCAUGCUCUUUUCCUACUACUGUAACACCUGUAGAAGAUGUGUUUGUACUAAACAUUGUCACAGAUGAGAACAAGAAAAAAAACUGUUGUUUUGCUCUCACGUGUAGCCAUUCCACUUCAGGUCUAUGUUUUCCUUUUGUACCAUUGGCAAAGCUAAGUAGCAGCUUGAAUGACCUUUUAAGUAACUGUGUGGCAGAUGGGAAAGGAUAUAUGACUGUACAACUGGGGGGGGGGGUGUAGACAUGAUACUGAUGUUUUAGUCUUCUGUAGCUGUAAUAAUUCAUCAUGGAUUUUUAAAAAUGACUUGUUUGGCUCAGCAGCUAACAUGUUACUGGUACAGUUACAGCAAGAGCGUUUGCUUGACUCGUUGCUUAUUAAAAUUGGCUGAGAAACUACAGAUUGAUAAUGCCAGUGUAUUUUGCUUGCAAAUAUAUUUUAUUAAAUGAAAAAAACAAACCUUGAAUAUCUUCUAUUUUGAGUAUCUUAGAUACUUUUGAACUAACCAGACACUAAUAGGUGAUCAUGCAGUUGAACAAACCUUUUCUGCAUCCUUCACUUUACACUUGAUGCUUUUGUUUUUUUUAAUAUGGCAACUUUUAUUCUCAUAUGCCAUUAACUGAGAUGUGACUUACCUUUAAAGCCCAUAAAUUGCACCUAAACUAAGAUAACUUGUUUUUGUAAACAUGAAAACUAAAUCCAGCUGCUUUGAUGUGGUGUAUUCACUUCUGAUCUUUCUGCUGUCUAUAAUUUUGCUCACUUUUGAUAGAUAAAAUGUUCUUGACUAUACUUGGCAGUUAGCGAGAUCAUUAGGCAUCUGUUGGGACAAUUCCCGGUUCUUCAGUAGGAUCCCAUCAUGCCAAUAUAGAAGCUAUGAAGGAAAAGAAACGUGACUUCUGCAUGACAUGUCACAUGAGUUUCCAUCAUGUGAGUGAAGUUCAAGCUAACUCAAAAUGCUAUAUUUAGCUUUUUAGUUUUUCCAUUGUCUAAAUAUUUCCACAUAAUUGGGCUCUUAUGUCUUUUGAAAGGGAAAAAUAAGAAUAAAAUUUAUUAAGCUUUGUGAAA